UUGGGUGUUCCCAAUUUGUAACAUUAAAACAUUAAACGUUCUUAGAGCGGAGAAACCCAGCCAUCUAUUGGUUUGGCAACUCCAUGUUUUGUUGUAAUUGGAUGACUGAACUAGAGAGACAUUUUACCCGCCUCGUUUCUUAAGCUAUAUAAGCUUUGUGCAACGCAUGUGUGUGGCAGAAAACAAUCAUAGCUUAACCUACCUAUCGCUACAGACUGAUUACUUUUGUACAAAGUCAAAACUUUAGACCACAAUCAAAGUAACCAAUGGAUCUGUCCGCGGGAAUACAGAAAAUGUCAGUGGGACAGUCUACAGUUGGUGGGGCCAUGAUGUGCCUGACGUGUAAAGGGGUCUGUCCUGGAUUUCAACCGCAUUCCUGGAGGAAAGCCUGCAUAGUAUGCCACUGCAGCCAAGAAGAACAUGCCCCUAACUCUGACUUGGAGGAUGACAGGAAGAUGGGUGGCUUGCUGGCAGACUCUCAAUACAGUCACCUCACAGCCAAGGUCAAGGGUGGCGAUGGUUUGCGUGUGUAUAAGCGCAACCGCAUGAUCAUCACCAACCCAGUGGUGUCACGCAAAGACCCCACCUUCAACACGAUCACCUAUGAUUGGGCCCCUCCAGGCCUCACACAGAAACUGGCCAUGCAGUACAUGGAGCUGCUCCCUGAGGACAGGCGUCCAGUGGCUGGCACAGAGGGAGCCAUGCAUCGCCGCAGGCAGUUGGUGAGGCAACUCCCUCUCCAUGAUCAUGAUCCUGUGCACUGCCACAGCCUAUCUGAUGCAGAGCUGCAGGCCAUGGUCACCUUUGUGAAGAACUUUAAGGAGCAGGUGUUGGGUGUGGGGGAGGUAGCUCUGCCUGGGGAGAGGGAGAAGGCUCAGGAGAAGGCUCAGGAGAAGGCUCAGGAGAAGGCUCAGUCUCCUGCAGAUCCAGCUCACACCAUACAGCCCAUCACCAACGGCACCUCAGACAAGAGUGAGAAGAAAAGGGAAUAUAGGUGCAGUGGCUGUGGGGAGCUGGCAGCAGAGGACAGUCCGGUCGUGUAUGCUGAGAGGGCUGGCUACCAGAAGCUGUGGCACCCCACCUGCUUUGUGUGUGCAGAGUGUGGGGAGGGGCUGGUGGAUCUGGUCUACUUCUGGAGGAGUGGAAGACUGCUGUGUGGACGCCACUAUGGCCAGAGUGAGCGACCCCGUUGUCCUGGUUGUGAUGAGCUGAUUUUCUCUGAGUUGUAUCAUAAAGGAGAAGAUGGCCAGUUAUGGCAUAAAGAGCAUUACUGUUGCUGGGAAUGUGGUCAGAGUCUCAACACUCCAUGUGCUUGUGCCAACAGAAAACUUCGACCUGUCUGAACGGCUGCUCAAACAAACGUAGAUGUGUCCAUCUGAAAAAGCCUAUCAACUCAGACAUUUUUGGAACAACUCCUGUUAAUCAACAAUUAUCCAUUCACAUAUCCAUCCCAUAUCCCAUAUUCCAAAUCCAAUUCAUGACUCUGUUUAAUGCAUUGAAUGCAAAACAGCCUCUUACAAACGCCUCUUAAAUUCUUUCAAAUAAACCCAUCCUAGCCACAGAAAACUUCUAGCCUAUAGCCAAUACAAUAGUUCAUUUGAGCACCUUAUGGAUCUAGCUAUAGGAUCUGUUCAUUUCAUUUUAAUGUUUAAUUUUGCUUACUAUUAUACUGCUAAAAUAGUAGUUAAAUGCAGUCAAAGAACCUUUUUGACGAUCUAAAACAGACACAGUUUGAUGCGCAUGGUUUAAGCGCAUUUAGGGCGUGUCCAGUCUACAGCGGAAUACUGUAAGUGAUCAGACACCAGGUGCAUAGUUCAAAAGGAUUGUUCUUCAAUUUUUCUUAAUUAAUCAUUGGUGUGUUUUGUGUGUAACACCCAUUAAACCAAUAAGAGUGACCUCUGCCAUUACCUUUAAGUACAAAGAGCUCCAAAUCAAAUGGCACAUUGGUAUUUAGGUGACGAGUGAACACAUCUCUGCAGAAGGAAUCUGCUCCUUGCUCACGUGACCGUGUAUGGAACAGCAGGAUUCCACUAAAGCUUGCUUUGCUAAAGCAGAGUACAGUAGACACACGUCCACACCUCCUAUUUGAACUCGUAGGCAACAGCAAAACAAAGUCGUACUCUUAGUUGUUUGUCACAUAUAGUCACUACUGUCUGACUUAACCCAAUGAUAUUUCUCACCACUUAUUCCUCUUGAUAGAGCCUUCUGAAAAUAGAAGUGAAGAACUGCACAGUUUUUUCUUGGUCAAUGGCAUUAGCAUUUUAGUGGCAUUAAAAUAGCAAUUUGAUCAUUGCGCCGGUGUAAACUAGCAAGGAGAGUUGCCUGUGUUCCAUGAUGCACCAGGUGUAAGGUAGGGCCCAAAAUGUUUGCUAAAUGUAAUGUACGUUUAGUUCACUUCCAGUAAUGUCUUCUCAUCAAAACUACAGUAUGUGUCACAGUUCCAUCCCCAAACUGGACAUGCAACCUCAAUUUAUGUAAUGAAUUUACUUCAUAUAAACUUGAGUUGAAAUUUUAAUGCUGAACUGAAGGACACAUUGUCUGUGGUGUGGUGACCAUACAUUUUCCAUCAGUUGUAUUAUUUUCUAUAAUUCUAGGUAUUUGCUGCAUAUGCCAGGAAUGACAUGCUCAUUCAGACCCUACAUCUCUCUGUCACAAAGUAUUUCUAAUAAUAAUGCCACAUUUUAACUGGAGGGCAUUCAUCAUAUACUACCUGCAAUUUUUAUUUAACUGUAAUGUUUGUAUAUAAAAUCUAAAUACUGCACAAGCAAACCAUUCCCACAUUUUUGUUGACAAAAGUAAGGAUUUCUUACCUAUGAUGCCCAUGUUUUUCCUGGUUGCUGUAGUGCUAUAAAACAUUAUAUUAAUGAUUUUCAGAUAUAUAUUUUUUUGAACAAUAUUAUGGCUAUGUUUCUGUUUCCCCAGAUGGCCGAUCUGAUACUGGAAUUUAUAGCAGGUUUUUGUGUAUUGAAGUUACCAGUUCAGUCCACUGUUGUGACUAAUUAGUUCAUCCGCUCAGAAUCCUCUCUUGAUUGUUUGUAAUAGAUUGUUCUCAUUAAAUACAUUGUAUGUCCUGUUGUACCAUAUGUAAACAUGCCAUUUAACUAGAGUCCACCACAUUCUUGCAUUUAUGUGAUCCUUACCCUAAUAAAGAUGUUAGAGCACUAUUGAUCUGUUA